UCUUUGCCCAUCAUCGACCCAGAAGAGAACGGAGACGAGUUCUACGAGAAGAUCGAGGCCCCCAAGUUCGUCGACCUCACUGCACCCGAUCCUUACCAUCCUGGCGAUGAUCGCUACUGGUUCUGCUUGCGAGUUGGUUGCGACCAAAAGCAUGAAGAAGAAAUGGACUCUGAAGCAAUCUACAAAAAUUUUGUUCUUCGGGUCAUGGCUGCAAGAAGUCCCAAUGUACGGCUUCGAAAAGCACUGUACAGAAAGGAUUCAGGGUGAGAACUCAAAGCUUUCAGUAACCAUUUCUGAUGCGAAAUGUCCACGAACAGUUCCUGCGAAACCUUCGAAGUCUAGAGUAUCAAGACUGGCUCUGAUUUCUUCAAUCUCCAAAAGGAUAGUAGAUCCUAAACUUUCUAAGCAAAAUGCAACCCCAAAUGCAAAGACAAAGCAGCCUUCUUUUAUAGCCAAGGCUUUGACAACUCCACAGACCAAAAAACAGCUAUCAAAUCCAGAUGCAUUUCGGAGUGUUAGGAACCCGAAUACUAAAGCCACGGCAGUGUCAAAGGGUAGAGUGGUAGCAAAGGCUUUGGUCUUUCAUUCGCCUAGGAAGUUAGCGAGACCAAAGUGUUCAUUAGAAUUGAAUACACCUGUGAAAACAUUGUAUUCUGGCGUGAAGAAGCUUGAGAUCACUAGUGCCAAGAAGCAAGUGUUAGGAUAUAAUAGUCCAUUGCCUCCAGAUGCUGCUAAAAAGCAAUUCAGAGGACGAGAGGUUAAAAGCAGAGUUUUCGAUGGGUUACGAUCUCAAAAUCCCAAGAAUCAGGAAGCCAAACAUUCUAAAUGUUCAAAGAAAAAUGACAAGGAAAAGACCUUAAAGCAGUGUCAUUAUCCUGUGCCUCCUGCAGGGGAUGAAAAUGACUUGAUAGAAGUGGGGACUGAGAACAAAAUAAGGAACAUUUCCAAUGUAUUGUGCUCAGAUACUGAAGGGCCUUCAACAAAUGUAGAAGUCUCAAAAGCACUGUUGGAUGAAAACAAAGUUGAAGCUUCAUCAGAUACGGAUGCCGAUGGAAGUGAUUCCAACUUGCUGUCAAAUUCUGAAGGGAAGAGCUCAGAAGCUGAUGAUAAAAAUCAUACUUCAACCUCUGAUGACAAGGAAAAUGAUAAUGAAGCCAUUGAGAGUGAUGACAAGGAAAAUGCUUCAGCCUCUGAUGAUAACAGGUUUCCUCUCAUUUUAUUUUCCUCUCUCUUGGUGGAUGUUCUUCAUGUUAAUGCUUUCUUCCAUCACUUUGAACUUUGUAUGUGCAGAGAAUCAGAUCUAGAGGCUAGUCAACAUAAAACUCUUAACAAGAAUGAAACACCAAAAAGCAAUCAACAGACCACUGAAGCAAAAAGUAAGCAAUCUAAAGAAAACUCCAUAACUGCUGCUACUGGUUCUCAAGGGCUGAAGCAUAAAAAACCUAAGCCUACAAAUCCAAAGCCUUUCCGGCUAAGAACUGAUGAAAGGGGAAUUCUCAAGGAAGCAAAUCAAGAAAAGAAACUCCACCCUGCACCUCUUGGUGAAACAUCACCAGUUCCAAGGGUACUAGGAGGAAACUUGCAGAAAAAAUGUCAGAAUGCACUCCAAAGAAAUGAAAAGUGCAUUGAGCAAAUUGAGAAUUGCAUAGACACAAAUGAGAGCAGUGGCAAGGAAAAGAAUAACGCUCCUAUAAAUCAGCUUCAAAAUGGAACUUUCAGCUUGAAGAUUUCAAAAGAGAAAGUAGGGCAAAAAAUUUCAACUCCGCUCAGACAUACGAUUUCUUCUCAGAAGAAGCUUGUGGAUUCCCAGCAGGAAAGUAGCCCAGAUGAAUCAGGUCUAAAAUUGAGAAACAAGAUAAGAAGAAGCAAAUCACCAUCAAUAAGACAAUUAGCAAGGCCUCAAGAGGCAACACCAGGUAGAAAGGAAAUGAUUUCUACUAUGCGAGCUGGUCAACUUGGCACAAUAAAGGAAACCUCUCCAACAAUUUUAAAAGCCAAGGAAGCUGCAAAGCCAGCCGAAAGCAGAGCUUCCCCGGCUACCAAAGGUUCUGUUUCUCCUGCUUCCACGCCCUCAUUAAUGGGGAGAAGGUCCAAAACCAUUCCCAGGGAACCAAGCUUUCAUACUAUUCAUGUACCAAAGAGCUGCACCAGGAGAGUAGCUUAAGCCAGUGACUAUACAUGAUUACCUAUUGUGUACCAUAUCUCUGUUGUUGUUCGUUCAAUUGAUUCAUUGAAUUAUUUAUUAUUUCAAGCAAGUAUUUUAUCAGGACAAGAGAAAUUCCUUAC